AUGGAGGUGGUGAUCAAUGGUAAUGAGUACAAGCAUGGGGAAGACGAUGAAGCAGGUGUUUUGGCCUUGGCGGCUUGUCUUUCUCAUACCUUUCCGAUGGCGUUGGCUGCCGCCAUUGACCUUGACCUCUUUGAGAUCAUUUCCGGUGCCGGAGAUGGGGCCCGCAUGUCGGCCUCCGAUAUCGCCGCUCAGCUGCCGAGUGCCGCCGAUGGGGCUGCCCCCGUGCUCGACGCGAUGCUCCAACUGUUGGCUUCUCACUCUUUGCUUAUUUGUUCGACCAAUGUACUUGCUGAUGGUGGUGGCGGCGCUGUUGAACGGCGAUACGGGAUUGCUCCGGCGGGCAAGUUCUUUGUGAAAGACGAGAGUGGCGUCUCGUUUGCUCAGUUCCACUCAAUCGUUCGCAAAGGAGGAGAAAUAGGGUUCAGCUUAAAAGAUGCAGUUAUCGAAGGAGGCAAUCAAUUUGAAAAGAUAUGCGCGAAAUCGUUUUACGAGUUCAUUACCUCGAAUGUGGAAGCUACUAAGAUGUUUAACGACGGCAUGAGAGCCCACUCUUCUGUAAUAAUCAAAAAAGUUGUUAAAACGUAUAAAGGUUUCGAGGGUUUGAGUUGUCUUGUGGAUGUCGGAGGUGGUAGUGGUUCAUCUCUCGAUACUAUCAUUUCAAAGUACCCUUCGAUUCGCGGCGUUAAUUUUGAUUUGCCCCAUGUCGUAGAAACCGCGCCGACCUACAACGGCAUAGAGCACAUUGGUGGAGAUAUGUUUGUUGAAGUACCAAAUGGAGAUGCCAUUUUGUUGAAGUUUAUACUGCACAAUUGGGGGGAUGAACAAUGCGGAAAUCUGUUGAAGAACUGCUACAAAUCACUGCCAAACAACGGAAAGUUGAUCGUUAUGGAUUAUAUUCUGCCAAACACGCACCAAGACGACAUUCACGCAAAGUACGCUUCUCAAAUGAACCUUACGAUGUCAUGUUUUCUCGAAGGAAAAGAAAGGACAAAGGAAGAAUUUGAAGGCAUGGCAAAGAAAGCUGGCUUCGGGGAGUUUAAGGUUGUUUGUUAUGUGUAUGGGAUGUGGGUUAUGGAGUUCAUUAAGUUGGUUUAG